AUGGAAGAUAUUCCUUAUGCUAAUGUAAUAGGGACUAUCAUGUAUUCAAUGAUAAGCACUAGACCUGACCUUGCAUAUUCUAUUUCACUACUUAGCCGUUUUAUGUCUAAUCCGGGAAAAUCACAUUGGGAUGCACUGAAAUAUGUUCUGAGAUAUAUUAAAGGUACAACCGGAGUAGGGUUAAGUUAUAUGAAGAGAGGUGAAAAUCUAGAUCUUGUUGGAUAUGUAGACUCUGAUUUUGCAGGUGAUCGUGACACUAGAAAAUCCACAACAGCCUAUAUGUUUUCUCUUGGAGGUAAUUGCAUCAGCUGGAAAGCACAGCUGCAGCCAUUGGUUGCACUGUCUUCCACUGAGGCUGAAUACGUGGCUUUGACUGAUGCAUUCAAAGAAGCCAUCUGGCUUCAAGGUAUACUAUCUGAAAUCCACUUACUGGUAAGAAAUGCUGACAUAUUUUGUGACAAUCAGAGUGCUAUACACUUGUGUAAAAAUCCGGUGUACCAUGAACGAUCAAAACAUAUAGACAUAAAAUACCAUUAUGUCAGAGAUCAGGUUGCAACAAGAAAGGUAAGCAUUCAGAAAAUUCCUACUGAAGAAAAUCCAGCCGACAUGGGGACUAAGGUGGUGUCAACGGCAAAAUUCAAACACUGUUUGGAUUUGCUGCAUAUUGAUGUUGGUUGA